GUAUCAUUUAGAAAAAAAAUAAAAACAUAUGUAUCAAGUUGUUGCCUUAACCUAGUUAAACAUGAUGAUGGUCUAGUUUAACAAUUAAAUAACAACAAUUUAUAUUUAACAUAUCACUUGUGGAAAUGAAAAGUCAGUCAUCAUUGUAUCAUCAUCAACAGACAACAACACAGAGUCAAUAACAAUUUAAUGACACAGAUAACAUUUGUGUCUUGUCAUCAAAAUCUACGUGAACUUCUAGCCAGUCGUUGUUAUAAUUUUUUAAAAUAAUUUAUCUAAACAUGAGCAGUGAAAAUAAACUUGUUGCUAAACCAUUUAAAAGUCUUGAUGAACUUUACACUGGUAUAGAACAUCUAGAGCCUUGGUUUGACAUUGUUAAACUUCGUGAAUCAACAGAGUAUGUAUACUCUGGACAAGAACUGGAUAAAAAUAUAACAAGACUUGCUAAAUUAACACGUGAUAGAUUGCCAAGAACUCUCGUUUGUCAUGACAUGAAAGGAGGCUAUCUUGAAGACAAAUACAUUGAUGGAUCAGAUGAUUCAGAGUCUUAUUCAUUUUAUCACUGGAGUGUUAUUGAUGUGUUUAUUUACUUUAGUCAUCAUAUGAUUACAAUACCACCAUAUGGCUGGAUCAAUGUCGCUCAUAAACAUGGAGUCAAAGUUCUUGGUACCAUUAUAACUGAACACACUGAUGGUGAAAGUAUAUGGGAUAAUAUUUUAUCAUCUUAUGAUGAAACUAAACGUUUUGCUGAUGCAUUAAUAACACUUGCUAAAUUUUAUAAUUUUGAAGGAUGGCUAUUGAAUAUAGAAAAUAAAAUAAAACCAAAUGAUGUUGAUAAAUUAAUUAAUUUUGUUAGAUAUUUAACUGACUCAAUUCAUCGUGAAAUUAAAGAUUCAGAAAUUAUUUGGUAUGACAGUGUGACAAAUGAAGGACAAUUAAAAUGGCAAAAUGAAUUAAAUGAUAAAAAUGAAGAAUAUUUUAAUUGUUGUGAUGGUAUAUUUCUUAAUUACAAUUGGACUGAUGGAUCAUUAGAACGAAGCAAGAAUUUAGCUUCAUUGAGAAAUCGUGUUAGAGAUGUGUGGGUUGGCAUUGAUGUAUGGGGAAGAGGAAAUCCUGGAGGUGGUGGAUUAAAUUCCAUAUAUGCACUGGAAAAAAUUAGAAAAUAUGAUUUAUCAGCAGCAAUAUUUGCACCAGGCUGGACACAUGAAAAUUUUGGAGCAUCAACAUUUGAUAAAUUAGAAAUUAUAUUCUGGGCGCAAUUGGCAAGACAUUUGUACGUUCAUGUGCCAAUUUAUGAUAAUGAAAUGAUUGUUACAUCAUUUUGUCAUGGAGUUGGGCGUAAAUAUUGUCGUGAUGGUGUUUGCAAUUUGGAAAAGCCAUUUUAUAAUUUAAGCCUGCAAAAUAUACAAAAUUCUGUGCCAGUAAUGUAUUUAAAAUUUGUAUCGAUAAAUAUACCAACAGAUGAAGAAAAUAAAUUAAAACAAGAUAUUGAAAAAAUAUAUGAAACAAUUGAAGAGAUUAUAAAAAUUAGAGGUAAUAAAAUUACAUUCGAGGCCAAGGAACAUGGUGAAUUACCAAAUAAUAUAAAAUUUGUUGAUAAGGCAUCAUUUAAUGGUGGUGGAUGUCUUGAAUUGGAUACCACUGAUGUCAACAAUUACCACAGAUUACUGUUAAUUCAUUUUGAAUUUGAAACAGACAUUCAAAUAAUUGUGACACACAGAGAAAGUGAAGAUGAACCUGAAGAGCCAGUUGGCAAAAAAAAAAUUGGGCCGACUCUCGUUUUAAUAAAUGAAACUUCAACAAGUUAUAUCGAGUCAAACACGACAUUUGAACUGGAUACAAAGUGGAGAGAAAGUUAUUAUAUUGCCAACAUGAGGACAAUCACAGAGAUUGGAUUGUCAUUGCAAUCAAAAGGAAAGCACUAUCUUGGUCAAAUUAAAAUUCAUCCUUUGACAAAUAUACUUGGCCUGUCAAGUUAAAUAAAUACAAAUUAAUUUUCCAUACUAUAUCUUUUGUUGAAUAAUUUUUAUAAAAAAUACAAAUAAUAAAUUUCAAUUAAAAAAAAAAUGCUAUAUAAUGACUAUAGAAAAAAAUCAUAAAACAAAUAGUGAAAGGAAAAGUGAUGAGGCGUCUGAUGUCAAUGAUCAUUCAACCUACUGUAUUUUUAUUUUAUUUACUUUUUUUAUUAAUAUUUGAAUAGAUAUAAAAAAAGAAAAUAAAAAAAUAUACAUAGAUUAGCAUUUGGAUAGCAAUAAAUUUCUCAAUCUUUCAAGAUAAUUGACAAUAAUUUAACACGCAAACAAAUGUGGUUUCAUCAAGGGUAAAUAACUAGCAACAUUCUUUAACUUUAAUUAUUAUUUACAUGUCACAACUUGUCACUUCUACACAAGGCCAAAUAUAGUUUAUUAAAUAAAAAAUAUUAGAAAAAAAAAAAAAGUACAUAAACAACAUUGCAAAAAUAAGAAAACAAGUGAAAAUGGUUAAACAGAAUGUGACUCUUGAUAUAUUUUCACUUUUGAGAUGUACUUUUAAUUAUAUAAAAUUAUAUAGAAAAAUUAUAAAUACAAUAUGUUAAUAAACACUUUUACAUUUAGCAUAUUAAUACGUGAUUAAAUAUUAUAAAUUAUAAUAUUAACAAUUGAUUGUUGUUAAUGUCAAUUGACAUGUGCAAUUUGCAAAAUAGUUUAAAAACUUUCACCAUUACGAUACAAUAUUUAAGUACGUCGUAUGAAUUAUUUAGCAAAAUAAAUAUAUAUCGAUUAUGUGUCAAAAAUUACAUGCGGAAUGUCUAUCCGGUAUACUCGAUUAAUAACAAAUACAAAACUUUCUAAUAUCACCUAAAAUAUUAUUAAUAUCAAUAAAAAAUAAUAAUUGUAAAUUAAAAUUUAUUUUUUUUUUUAAUAGAAAUAAUAAAUAAAAAUAAAUUAAACAAGCUUUUCUUUUUCCGGAACUAAAAAAAAUAUAUCUGCGUGACGAAACACCUGUCACAUAAUAAUGUGAAUGAAAAAAAGAAAAAAAAAAAAAUUAUAAUUUAAUAUAAAAAAUAAAUUAACGUGACUGAUUGAUUUAAAUAUGAGGAAAAAAAAAAAUGAAAAC